GAAGUGACGUCACGAAAGCGGUAACGGCUCUCUGAAACAAAUCGAUGGAGAGGUGGCGUCAAGCUGGAGUCAACAUGGCUUCUCUAAAAUAAUAGAUAAGAGAAGCUCGAUUUGGUUUUUGGCGACUAUCAGGGCGAGGGGGCGACGCUCACACAGAAUCCGGCCGCAGGACGCUGUUGAAUUUCGGUUUGUGCAGUGAUGGCAGCUUCCCUACCUCAGAAGCCGGGGAUGGCGGGGAUGCCCCCCCAGCAGCAGCAGCCCCACCUGCCGCCCGGCGGCGCCUCAGCCCAAGGUCAACAGCCCAUGCCCCCCCAGGGAGCCCUGAGAGAGAUCUCGCCAGUGUUCCUCUGUCGGAUUGGACAGGAGACCGUCCAGGACAUUGUUACCCGCACCAUGGAGAUCUUCCAGAUCACACGAGCCACACAACUUCCUAAUGGGGUGACUCAGAGCCAGGCGAUGUACCAGGACCGCUUUGGGAAGCUCCAGGAACACCUGCGGCAGCUCGCCCUGCUCUUCCGAAAGCUCCGGCUCCUGUACGAGCGCUGCGUGGAGAUGACCUCUGACCUGCAGGAGGGGCCAGCAGAGAUCGUGCCAUAUGUUGGAGAGGAGCUGCUUUCUGUCAAAGUGGAGCCCUGCAGCUCCGCUGUCAACCAGGAGAGAAAACAAGUUCUAGAGAAGGUACGUCAGAAGAACCAGGAGAUGAAGGUUCUGAUGGAUCAGAUGAGGAACCUGCUGUGGGACGUCAACGCCAUGCUGACACACAGGAAGUAACGCUUCACAAGAUCAGCUCCCUUUUUACAGAGGUGAAUUCCUCCACAGGAGUAUAGACUGAAUAUCGGCAAACACCAGGUGAAAAUAAGGGAAUUUCUCUUUUGAUUUUGGAUAUGGAACUUUCCCGCUUUGGGUGCACAUCCUCUGUGUCGGCACACUGUCCUCACGAUUUCUGUUUGCUGGGGAAAACUAUAAAUAAGAUAAGGCUUAAAUAUGGAUAAGCUUGUUUCAACCGCAGCCAACAAUUCCUUUGUUGUGCAAGGCAGCCGACAACCCUUUCUUUGGGAUUGCCAAGUUAUUUUAUGUGUUUAUACAAAUAAGUUACGGUCCUCUGUUGUCAUACUAUUUAAAUAAUGAGUUGAAACCUGUGUUGCCUCAAGUAAAAACAGAAAAAAGUAUCUUUUUUCUAAAAAAAAUUAAACACCAUAUUUUUGGUGUUUUGCCCCCAGGUUCUGACUUGACACUAGACAGACUUGGAUUCAGCAGGUAAUUCUCGCAGAAAGCCCAGGUGCUGAUGUGACGACUGUGUUUACAAUAGGAACAGUCGCCCUUAUUAUGCUCUGUCGGUUGUAAAAACACUAUAAGUUCAGAAUUCUAAUUAGCCCCAUGGCAGCUAUGUAUCUCAGGUGCUUUGUACAUAAAGUGUGUGUGUGUGUGUGUGUGUGUGUGUGUGUGUGUGUGUGUGUGUGUGUGUGUGUGUGUGUGUGUGUGUGUGUGUGUGUGUGUGUGUGUGUGUGUGUGUGUGUGUGUGUGUGUGUGUGUGUGUGUGUGUGUGUGUGUGUGUGUGUGUGUGUGUGUGACUGUGUGACUGUGUGUGUGUGUGACUGUGUGACUGUGUGUGUGUGUGUGUGUGUGUUUUGAGAUGAGCUUCUUGAGAGUUCGACAGCACACCUGUUUACCCUGAGGGUUUUUUGAGACUUGCUUGCCUGUGAAUUUAUUUUUGUAAACUGUGGGAUAAAAGCCCCAUAAAGGUUCAUUCUUUUUUUGAAUAAAACAAAACUUUUAAAACAA